CUGCUCUGAAAGAUUCUGAAAGACCAGAAUUCACCUAAUGCUGUGAGCCAUUGGCGUCGACAUCGUGUUUGCCAUGGCAGACCUCGAUGCGUUGAACGGCGAUCAUGCUGAUGACGCGACCUGGGUUUUGACAAGCAGCUUCGUGAUACUCACCAUGCAGAGUGGCUUCGGCAUGCUGGAGAUGGGAAGUUCAUCGAAAGGACAUGAGGUAAACAUUGUGCUGAAGAACAUUUUCGAUGUGGUUUGUGGAGCUCUGGCUUACUAUUGUGUUGGAUAUGGCAUUUCAUAUGGGUCGCCCUCCAAUCCGUUCAUGGGCACCGGCGACUAUUUCAUUGACACCAGCGACGAAGAUCGCAUAGGUUCUGGGCUGGUCCACAGCAAAUACAUUUUUCAAUUCAGUUUUGCAGCCACCUCUACAACCAUUGUCAGUGGCUGUUUGGCCAUGCGUUGUCGUCUCAUAGUGUACUGCAUCUUCUCCUUCUACGCAGUCAUCGUCUAUUCCUUCGUGGCGCAUUGGAUCUGGGAGGAGAAUGGCUGGCUGCGAGCCAUUGGAGUGCACGACUUCGCGGGAAGUGGAGCAGUCAGCCUUCUGGGUGCGAUGAAUGGUCUCUUGGGGAUCCUCUUCAUCGGCCCGCGCCUGGGCCGCUUCGACGCCCAGCGGCCGCGCACGGACUUCGAACCCUCCUCGCCUCCAACGGUCUUGUUCGGGCUCUUCAUGUUGUGGUGGGGCUGGAUUGGCUUCAACUGCGGCAGCUCCUUUGGCAUCACCAAGAGCAAGUGGCUUGUGGCCACUCGCGCAGGGGUGGCCACCAUCAACUCCACUGCAGGGGGUGGCCUAGCAGCGCUGCUCUACACCAAGGGGAAGUCCAAGGGAAAGCUGGUUCUUCCACACGAAGUGGCCAAUGGACUACUGGGAGCGCUUGUCUCCAUCACUGCCACCUGUGCAUGUGUUCAUCCACACGACGCCUUGCUGAUUGGCUUUGUGGGAUCCAUCACAGCGCUGGCGGCCAAUGACUGGCUGUUGAAGCUCCACAUCGACGACCCGGUGGGCGCCGUGGGCGUCCACGGCGCCUCCGCCGUUUGGGGCCUCCUGGCGGUCGGCCUCUUCGCAGAUGGUGAGCUGCCAGGAAUCGACGUGGAGAACGGGCUCUUCCGGGGCGGUGGUCCUCACUUGUUGGGUGUCCAGCUGUUAUGUGCACUCUGCAUUUUGGCUUGGUCUGCCCUGGCAGUGACGCCCUUCUUCUACCUCACCGGCAUCGCCUUCAGCCGCGAUUGCCGCGACCCGCGCCGGGGGCUCCGCUUCGACCCGGAGGAUGAGGUGGCGGGGAUCGACGGUGCUGAGCACUCGCGCAAAUUCGAUCAAAAGAGCUUCGAUGACGUGGAGUCCGUGGAUUCCCGCGCCUCGCGCGAGACCGAAUGACGAGUCCAGGUCCCGCGCCUCGCGCGGAGCAGCUGAAGUCCGGGCGGUUCAGCUGGAGACAGGGACCGAGUCGGACAGAGUGAAGAGAAUGAGUUGGAAGAAUUCCAGAGUGCUUGAAAGCAAGAGGAGUCCAACAGGAGUGGUUCAGAUUCAAACCUGGUAUACACUGAUUAUACACUGUUCACGUUGGAAAGAGAUGCUCGAAUUCCAUUGUGCUGCAGGAAUUUCAGCCAUAGAAGAAACACAGUUAGGUUGCAUAGGAUAGAUCGAUC